AUAUGGAAGACUGCAAUAAAAGCAUUGUACAGUGUAAAGACCCUUUUAAAUCACGAUUUCCUAUAAAAGCGACAGAGUCCUCUUUCAAACUGUCGUUUACAUUUGACAUUAUAACUUCGACAUGUUUCGCAAAACACGUCUUGAAACAACUUUGAAUGAUGAAAAAUCUGAGCGCUAUCUACAAUAUAUAGUCACGCCAUUGAAGAUCGUUGCUUGCUGGGAUCUGUUCCCGAAAACAAAGGACGAACGUCGAAGCCUUAUCAACUAUGUCUACUUAGGAAUCGUUCUUUUCGUCCUAACUCACAUACCGAUGGUACUAACAGUUCAUUUGUAUACAGAAUGGCAAGACAUUAUGUCAAGUUUAGGCACAAUAGCUGACUCCUUACCUCUGAUAGUUUCUCUAAUAAUCGUGGCUUACCACGCUAUGUACCGAAACCAUUUGUAUGAGUUAAUGGAGUUUAUGGACAAGCAUUUCAAGUACCACUCGGCGCGAGGACUGACCAAUAUGACGAUGGCUAGAAGUUGCCAGACUGCGCGCAAGUUUGGCAGGAUUUAUACAGCGUGCACUAUGUUUAGUGUGACUAUGUAUGCUACGAUGCCAGUUUUCAUUCAUUUUUGGACAAAAGAGCCGAUUCAAGGAUGGAUCUACAUGGACAUAACUCGUUCACCAUUUUACGAGAUAGUUUUCCUGCACUCCUGCCUAGCGCAACUGUAUGUUGGCCUGGCUAUGGGACAGUUCGGAGUAUUUUUCGCAUCAAACUCAAUCUUGAUCUGCGGGCAGCUGGAUCUGUUAUGCUGCAGCUUGCGCAACGCGCGUUACACCGCGUUGCUGCAACACGGCGUGAAGCACGCUGCGAUCGUGGCGGCGCACGGAGACAUAAGGGAUGACGAGAAACAUAACUAUAUCUACAAUGAGUCCGAGAUGAUAGACUCGACCUACCAUUAUGAUAGGAAGAUGACUCACAGUACUGCGGGUGCGAAGACUCAGUUUGACAUAUACAGCCCGGAGUACGACUCGGCGACAGUUCAGGCGCUGAACGACUGCGCGUCGUUGUGUCAGAUUGUGAACAAAUAUAAGGAGAAGUUUGAACACUUCGUGUCUCCACUCCUUGCAGUGAGGGUGGUGCAGGUCACACUGUACUUGUGUACGUUGCUGUAUGCUGCGACGCUGAAAUUCGACAUGAUAACAGUUGAGUAUUUGGCUGCAGUCGCUCUGGACAUGUUCGUUUACUGCUACUAUGGAAACCAGAUCAUAUUGCAGGCGGAUCGUGUCUCGACGGCGGCCUACCAAAGCGCGUGGCACACGAUGGGCGUGCGAUCCCGACGAGUCUUGCUGAACAUUCUUCUAGCAAACAGGAGACCUGUAGUAGUAAGAGCAGGGCGCUUCCUACCAAUGGACCUGCACACUUUUGUCGUAAUCAUAAAAACAUCGUUUUCAUACUACACGUUGUUAGUCAACGUCAAUGAAAAAUAAGAAAUUAACAGGAUUUUGAUUUUGAUCUUGGACUUAGACAGUACCUAGGAA